CUUGUUAGAUACCUCCAGAGAACUCUUUCUCUUUCAAAAUUAAAGUUUUUAUCUUUUAUAGUUAUUCAAAUUGAAGCUCUCUCAGUCCCUCCCUUUCUCUCUCUUCUUUUUUCUUUUUUACUGGUUCUUGAGAAGAUUCAACUGCUGAAGGGAAGAUAGAUCAAAGGUUGGAAUAAAUUAGUGGCAUUCAAGUGUUUGGUUAUCUGCUUUAUUUUCUUUUCAAGGUGUGGGGUAAUGAGAAGAUAGAAGAAGAUCAAAGGGUUCUUUUGUAAAUCAUGGAUCAACGGGAAAAAACACAGCAGCAGCAGCAGCAACAGCAACAGCCUGUGAUGGGAGUUGUACCUGGUGCUGGGCAGAUGGGCUAUUCUACUGCUUACCAAACUGCUUCCAUGGUCGCUUCUGGCACUACAGGAGUAGCUGUCCCUAUACAAACUCAGCCUCCUGCUACUUUCUCUAGUUCUCCACAUCAACUUGCCUACCAACAAGCUCAGCACUUCCACCACCAACAGCAGCAGCUUCAAAUGUUCUGGGCUAACCAAAUGCAUGAAAUUGAGCAAACAGCAGAUUUCAAGAAUCACAGUCUCCCACUUGCUCGGAUAAAAAAGAUAAUGAAAGCAGACGAAGAUGUGCGGAUGAUAUCAGCGGAGGCUCCUGUAAUUUUUGCAAAAGCUUGCGAGAUGUUCAUCUUGGAACUGACUUUACGCUCUUGGAUCCAUACAGAAGAGAACAAAAGGAGGACACUACAGAAGAAUGAUAUAGCAGCCGCUAUUACGAGGACUGAUGUCUUUGAUUUCUUGGUUGAUAUUAUUCCAAGGGAUGAGUUGAAAGAGGAAGGACUUGGGGUCACCAAGGCUACUAUUCCUUUAGUUGGUUCACCUGCUGAUAUUCCUUAUUACUAUGUCCCACAGCACCCUGUGGGAUCCCCAGGGAUGAUAAUGGGAAAGCCAAUUGAUCAAGCUGCAUUGUAUCCUGGCCAGCAGCCUCGACCGCCCAUGGCUUUCAUGCCAUGGCCUCAGGGUCAGCCACAGCAGCAGCAAUCUGAACAGCAGCAAAGCGAUUCUUGAUUUGCCUGAUGCAUUGUAGCUGGUUCGCAGCAGUGAAAUUUCCAAGCAAUUAAAUCAAACACUGCUUUAUCUAUAGUUAGGUUGUUGUAGCGGUAGGUUAGGCACAAGCUGUAACAUUGAGAGUUGAUGAUGCCAGUUUCAAUCAAUGGCAGCUUUAACAUGUCAUUUGCUGUUGGUUUAUGAUGUUUGCUUGAAAGAAGCAUGUUCCUGGCCAUUAGAUUAUUAGCUCUGCUUGAGCGGGUAUAGUUUCCAAAGGGUUUUAUUGAAGACGCUUGUUAGUUGUAAUUGGUAAAGCUUGGUACUGCCCUAGAGACGAUCGAAAUUUAUUUCGUGCUUUUCCGGGUUCAAAGAAAAAUAUCACUUAUUUGGUUAUAUAAUAUUACCAUUUAAAUUUUUUUUAA